AUGGCGGCACAGGUUCUCUUCCUUGAACCAUUGAAGACCCUCCACGAGACUAGGUCCGACGAAGAAUUCGUGCGGGCCUUUGUCGUCGAGAUCCCUGCCAAACUCACAAGCAAGGCUUUGAGCAUCAUCAAGCCCAUCAUUCCAUCCGGCGGCAAGCAUCCUUCUUUCAGCCAUCUCCGACGCCUUUGCACGUUGUCGCACCUACCUCUGGACCUGACAUGGCGUCGGGACUACGACUCUAGAGGCCUUCAAACCGUCUUCCUUUUGUUGCCAAACACCGUGGUUGCAUGGGAAGACAUACAGGCUACGCUCAUGCCACACAUCGACGUCGAAGGCCUUCCCCGCUGCUUCGAUGCUGUUGUACCCCGGUUCGCUCCACUGAGCGCCGAACAAGCCGCCCUCUGGACCGAACGUUACUGGCCAUCGAUUUUCAAUCCUUCUUCUCAGGUCGUUCAAGAUGCUCCGCCUCUCCACCAGCUUCGCCGUGUGCGUACCGCCCUGGAAGUCCCAAUUGCAGACAAGUAUAUGCAGUUGGCUUUCCUAGCUGCGGCUGAAUCCCAGCAUGCUGGCCAUGGACGAUCUGUGGGGGCUGUGGUUGUUGAUCCAGACACAGGGACUGUUAUAGCGGUUGCAGGGGACGCCCGUUGGUGGUCAGAAGAUCCAAAAAUCCACAAAUCCCUGAUGGCAAAUCACGGCGAGGGACGCCCGGAAUACCAUGCUGUUAUGCGUGUCAUUGCCAUGGUUGCAAAUAAGGAACUCCGCCGACGUAUCAAAGCUGGAUCCCACAAUAAAUUCCUGGCCACCUGCUCCGAGACCCCCUCUGGUCAGGCCCUGACUUCUAUUGAAGCCCACUAUGAAGAUGAUGACAAGGCUCUUCGUGAUCUCACGGCCGGGUUUGGCAACAUCAUGCUCUCCGACAACGAUGCCCUGCCCGAAAAGCAAACAGGAUCUCGCACUGAAGGCUACCUCUGCAGCGGCCUCGACCUUUAUCUCACGCAUGAGCCCUGUGUCUGCUGCGCUAUGGCUAUGAUCCACUCCAGAUUCAGGGCCUGUGUAUUUGCUCAGAAAAUGCCUCGAAGUGGUGGACUCUCUGCCGAAGCUGGGGACAAGACACUGGGGUAUGGUCUUUUCUGGCGCCGGGAACUCAACUGGAGAGUCAUGACCUUCCAACACACCCGAGUCGCGGGCUUGGGACACGGAGAGCAAAUCGACACGGGAAUAUUCCAUGCUUAG